CUCUGGAUCGGAGUUAUGGUGGUUAGAGGGCCUGUAGCCAAUCAGCGCUACGCCUGCUUCGUGGGCGGAGUCAGGAUCAGAGACGUCAGGGCCCUGAGAACUACGUGUACCGGCACCCUUUGGGGCGAAAACCCACCUCCGAGCCUCAAAGCGGAGACGCAGCCCCCCGAGAAGCGGCGGCGAACGAUUGAGGACUUCAAUAAAUUUUGCAGCUUCGUCCUGGCCUACGCUGGCUACAUCCCGUCCACUAAGGAGGAGAGUGAUUGGACUCCAUCGGGCUCCAGCUCCCCCCUGCGCCCAGAGAGCGUGGCGGACAGUGACGGCUGGGAGUCAACUCACUCAGACCUGCACACCAUUGAGACCUUUGUCAAGAAGGCCAAGUCCUCCAAGAAGAAGGCCUUCCGCCGUCUGAAGGCGGACAACUCUUUGCUGGAGAAGAUGAAGCUCAAGGACUCACUCUUCGACCUGGAUCCCGCUGCCCGGCAGCUGCCAGCACCCAAGGCCGGUUCUCCGGGGGACAAAAAGAAGGAGAAACGGAACCGGCGGGCAAUCCCCGAAGCAGCCAGGCGCAGUCGGGGGGACUCGGCGGGUGAGAAACGCUCGCGUAUCAAAAAGAGCAAGAAACGGAAGUUGAAAAAGGCCGAGAGGAAGCUCAAGGCCUCCCUGAGUGAGACGGACUCAGAAGAGGAGGAGGCAGUGGCGCUGCCUGGGGCAGGACUGGGCCUGGGCGAGGAGGAGGUGCCCUCCCCAGAGGAGCUGUUGCCUGAAGGUGGCUUCCUGGAGCCUAAACUGGGGGGAGGGGAUGGUGGGGAGGGCAAGGAGUGCGGCAGCACUGAGACCAGCCAGGACGGGGAUGGCAGUUCCAGCGAGGGCGAGAUGCGGGUCAUGGAUGAAGACAUCAUGGUGGAGUCAGGGGAUGACUCGUGGGACUUGAUCACUUGCUACUGCCAGAAACCUUUCGCCGGGAGGCCCAUGAUCGAGUGCAACCAGUGCGGCACCUGGAUCCAUCUUUCCUGUGCCAAGAUCAAAAAGACCAACGUCCCGGACAUCUUCUACUGCCAGAAGUGCAAAGAGAGCUCACGGAAAGCUGCACCAGCUCCCCGGGGCGGGGGAGAGCCCUAGAGACUUGGCCCCACUCUUCCCCUUCCACCAGCCCCCACGGGGGGCUGCUGUGUGGAGCCCAGCUGGACUGUCAUUUCUUCCCCCCCAAUUGCCUCUAGGGGUUCAAAGCUCCCUCUAUAGUAGAGGGGAGAAAGACGCUCACCCAUGCAGUCUCCCCCUUCACUCCAAGGGGGAGUGAAACUGAUGGAUGGAAGGGUGAAAUUAAGAGCUGCUGUUUUUUCCAACCCCAAUGGAUGGGGAGAGAGAUUGAGGGGGGUAAAAGGGGGAGUCCCCCCCUUGACUGUAAAUAGAAGGAAAGUGGGGGGGUUUAUUUUGAGUGUUUUUUAAUCUCACCCCUUCUUCCCUCGUUUUCUGUUUGAAAGUGGAGACUUUUAUUCCUGCUCCCACUCCCCACGAUAUUGAGGAAGUGGGGUUUGGCAAGAGGAGGGAGCCAGAUCAACAAAAGGGGGGUGGCAAAGUUCCCCUUGAGAGUGUUUUUCUGGCUAGAAAGAAAGGGGUUAUAAGUUCAAAAUAUUCUCCCUCCAAGCAGUGAAGGGGUGUUGCCUGCUGCUGUGCGGCUGUCACCAGUGGAGAGGGGACACAGCCCCGUGGUGGGGAUACUCUAAGGAGGGGGUCUUUGAACAGAGAGGUGCAGAUUGAAGAGCAGGGAGUCCAAAUGCUGCAAAGGUGGCUGGGCUCCAGAAUAAAAUGGUGGGGGAGGAGCACUGGGCCUUGCUUCCCCCCCCCCAUCCCCUUUAGACUGCUCUUUAAUCUGUUUCUUUUUGAGUGGGUGGGGUGCAAUUCCUACCCCCCCCCCUUUGUUUAAUAAUAUUUUGCAGCUUGAAUGUAAAUAAAUAAUGUGGACCCUUUUGCGUUUGUACAGAAUGGAGCUGCCCUCUUUUCUGUAUCAGGCAAGCAGUCUCUGAAAGACCCUGUUCCCCAACUUGGUGGUGGAUGAAGGGACCUACAGGGCCUGUCCCCUCUAGGGGAUGCUGGCUCCCAUCUGGCCUCAGCACAGGGACUGGCUAGCUCAGUGAGUGAGAAAUUGAGCAUGAGUCUCCUCCACCCAGGGAUGCUAACUCCCAUAGCUUAACCCCUCUAGAAAGGAGCAGAUGAGGAUGGAGGAGGCUGCCCUAGAGCACACACAAAAUGGGCAGGGGAGCUGGUACUACUCAGGGAGGCAUGCGUGAUGGAGCUAUGGUGGUGAUUGUCACUGGGUCCCUAGAUUGGGAAAAGGUGAGGUUGGAUCCCUAAUGGAGAAAGUCAGGAUCAAGGUUUUUGUAGGGCCUGCUGUAAACACCCCAUUUCUUUCUUUGCCACAGCUCACAGUUCUUCCCAAGUUUGGGAGGAAUCAUUUUGGGGUCAGCUGGAAUGUCAGCUGAUAAUUGUUUAUUAUUUAUAUUUCAGCAGCACUUAAGACAAGUGUGUGUGGAGAGGGGAGUUUCCUAAGCAGUGUCCAAACAAAACCAAAAUAAUCCCUCUUCUCUUGGGGACCCAGACAACGGGCAGCUUUUAUCAUUGCUAGAGCUCCACUUGGAGGUGGUGGAUAUCUCCCUAUGAGAAGAGGAAACUAAAACAUGAAGGAGGGAGGAAUCUUUUGCCCAAGGCCAAUAAGGGCUAGAAGCCUCUGGUCUUAGGUCACAAGUCAAGGUGCCAGACAGCCCUAAAGAGCAACCAAGCGUACAAGGGAUUGAGAUUCCCAAAACUGUCACAGGGUGCAGCACUCAUGUGCCCACUCCCUGCCUCAGUUUCCCCUUGUGAAAAGGGGUGUUGUAGCCGUACCUGGGGUCCGCAGGAAGCUGUAACAGCUGAUCACGCUCCUCCGUGCUGUGUCCUGCCUGCAGCCAAGGAGGGGAAAGCAGCUCGGGUCUUGCGGCCCCUCCCUUCCUCCCAAUCCCACUUAGUGGGCUGUGACCGAUACGCGCAGCUUCCACCAGCGCCGCCCUCUGCCCCCAUCCCCACGUCGCCGCCGACUCCCACAGGCGCCCCCUUUACCGCCCAUUCUGCCCCACAUCCCUUCCUC